CUACAGAUAUAGCUCAAUAAGCUCUUCCAAAUUCAAACUCGAGAGAAAGUGAUCAGAGUUUCGUCCUGAUCACACUUAGCCAUGUCUUACAUGAUCUUGGUGUUUUUCCUACUCCACCUAAAGCUCGCACAAUCCAGUACUACUGCUAGCGAUGAUUUCAUCUUUUACGGAUACAGCAACAAAUCCUUAGAGCUGCAUGGCGAUGCUAGGGCCCGGGCCGAAGGCUUUAUUAAGCUGACCGAUGAUGGUCUUAACCAGGAAGGCUAUCUCUUCUACUCCCAACCUCUCCGGUUCAAGAACUCAAACAAUAGUGCUUUCUCCUUCUCUACUUCUUUCCUCUUCACAAUAAUCUCUCACGAUCAAUCACUAAGUGGCCAUGGAAUUGCCUUUGUCAUUUCACCUUCAAAAUCAUUCCCCGGAGCCCUACCCAAUCACUAUCUUGGGCUAUUCAAUGACACCAACAACGGAAAUCAGUUCAAUCAUAUUGUUGCAGUUGAGCUAGACACCAUCAGAAGCCCCCAGUUCAUGGAUAUCAACAAUAACCAUGUUGGGAUCGACAUCAACGGCUUAGAGUCCAUUAAUUCCAGUCGAGCAGGUUAUUACACAGACGGAGUUGCAGUUGCAGAUGGGUUUAGAGAUCUAAGGCUGGUAAGUGGAGAUCCAAUGCAAGUGUGGGUGGAAUAUGAUGGUGUAGCUAAACAACUUAAUGUUACAGUAGCUCCUUUCAACAUGACUAAACCCCAUUUUCCUCUCCUGUCCUUAGCACUUGAUCUUUCACCAUACAUCUUGGAGAAUAUGUAUGUAGGUUUCUCAUCAUCUACUGGUUCUGUUCCUGCAACUCAUUAUUUACUGGGUUGGAGCUUCAAGAUGAACGGGCAAGCUCAAUCUUUUAACCUUUCACUUCUUCCUGAUGAUCUCCCUCGAAAUGAUAAGAUUCCUACAAGUGUACAAGCAGAGGAAAAACACAAGAAGAAACCGAAGGUUUUGGCUUGGCUGCUGCCGUUGACUGCAGUUCUCUUUCUGCUGGCAGCCAUGGCCAGUGGCCUUUUGACUUAUCGAAGGAAGAUAAAAUUCAGUGAAGUACUCGAAGAUUGGGAGGUCCAGUACGGGCCUCACAGAUUCAGGUACAAGGACCUGUUUGUUGCCACCAAAGGCUUCAAAGAGAAAGAGCUUCUUGGGAGAGGAGGUUUCGGUGAGGUCUAUCGUGGGGUGUUACCCAGUUCAAGGGUCCAAGUAGCAGUGAAGAAAGUUGCUCAUGAUUCAGCACAAGGAAUGAAAGAGUUCAUUGCAGAGAUUGCGACGAUCGGCAGGCUCAGGCACCCAAACUUGGUACUUCUACUGGGCUAUUGCAGGCGCAAAAGAGAGCUCCUCCUGGUUUACGACUUCAUGCCCAACGGGAGCCUCAACAAGUUCAUCUUUGAUCAACCCAAGAUGAUACUGAGUUGGGAACAAAGGUUUAAGAUCAUCAGGGACGUCGCUUCUGGGCUUCUCUACUUGCAUCAUCAAUGGAUGAAUGUGAUCAUUCACAGAGAUAUCAAGGCUAGCAAUGUCUUACUAGACAGCGAGAUGAAUGGACGGUUGGGGGAUUUUGGGCUAGCCAGAUUAUGCGACCAUGGAAUUGACCCUCAGACCACCCACCUAGCAGGCACUCUGGGUUAUAUUGCACCAGAGCUUGCAAGAACAGGGAAGGCCAAUACAAGAACAGACUUGUUUGCGUUUGGUGCAUUUCUGCUCUCUGUCGCUUGUGGGAGAAGACCAGUGCAACGAGAAGCGGCACCGGAGAGGAUACUUCUGGUGGACUGGGUGACUGAGAGCUGGCGGAGGGGAACCAUUUUGGAGACAGUGGAUCCGAAGUUAGGCAYGGAAUAUGUGGUGGAAGAAGCUGAAUUGGUGUUGAAGCUUGGGUUGCUUUGUUCACACCCUGUGGCCGAAGCUAGACCGAGCAUGUCUUGUGUGCUGAAAUAUUUGGAAGGUGAUGCUCCGCUACCAGAGGAUUUCAGUGCAGAUGUUCUUGUGCGGGGGGGAGAGGAGGUUGUCUAUGAAACGGCCCCAUCGUCUGCUUCUACGCUAGAGAAAUUUUCUGUCCCCUCAUUAACAAUCACAGAACAAUUCAUCUCUGGAGGCCGUUGACCCAUGGCCACAGCCUGUGGCUCUUUAGCUAAGGAUCUCUUGUUUCAGGAUUUUGUGGCAAGUCCGGAUGAUCAAUUGCUCUGAAUCUAAUUAUUUCAGUUAAGCAAUUGAUGACACCUUGAGUAAGGAGGAAAACAUAUAGGUUAUGUAUUUCUUUCGGGGUUUGGUCUUUUGGACCGAGGGUAGAGCGAAUAUGGAUCUGAUUGAAUUAUUUGUGUGGAAUUCAUGUAAUUUUUGGUGUUUCAUUCACUAAUCAAGUCCAUUUGCAUUUUAAUUAGACUGGAUUGGACUUGAUUUGUAUGGACUUGUACUGGAUAAUUGGGUUAGGUCCAUUUGUAAAUGAGCCCACAUCGAAUUAGACC